CCGGCGGAGGCGCCAGGAUAGAACCUGUGGAUUCAGGCCGCGGAGCCCCUCUGCCAGUUCCUAGUUUGCGAUCACUGAGGGCUGCGCAUUUGCGUGUGUCGGCGGCAAAUCCAGAUUUUCAUUUCGCUCUGGGAUCGGACAACUAAGAAGGCUCCAAACCGCACAAACAGGAAGAAGGGAAGGGUAGGAGUGCGGGCAGAGGGCGGGUUGUUCCCAGCAGCGCUGCGGGUCCCUCCCCGCCCGGGUCCCCGACCCGCCGGGGCCAGGGCGGGGCGUGAGCGUCAGCUGGGGCUAGAAAAGGCGGCGGCCCAGCCCCGCGAGGUGACAGCCCAACUUGGACUCCUUGCCUGGCCGAAGUCGCCAUGAGCACCGCGCUUUUCAGCCUGGACAGCCCCGCGCGCGGUACACCCUGGCCCCCGGAGCCGGCGGCCUUCUACGAGCCAGGCAGGGUGGGCAAGCCGGGCAGAGGGCCCGAGCCGGGGGACCUGGGGGAGCCAGGCUCCGCGACCCCUGCCAUGUACGACGACGAGAGCGCCAUCGACUUCAGCGCCUAUAUUGACUCCAUGGCCGCCGUGCCCACCCUGGAGCUGUGCCACGACGAGCUCUUCGCCGACCUCUUCAACAGCAACCACAAAGCGGCCGGCGCGGGCGGCCUGGAGCUGCUGCACGGCGGCCCCCCACGACCCCCGGGUGCGGGUUCAGCCUCUCGGGGCCCGCUCAAGCGCGAACCCGACUGGGGUGACAGCGACGCGCGGGGCUCCCUGCUGCCCGCGCAAGUGGCGGUGUGCGCGCAGACCGUGGUGAGCCUGGCGGCCGCGGCGCAGCCCACGCCGCCCACUUCCCCCGAGCCUCCUCGAGGCAGCCCAGGGCCGAGCCUCGCGUCCGGUCCGGUCCGAGAAAAGGGCGCGAGCAAGAGGGGUCCGGACCGCGGCAGCCCGGAGUACCGGCAGCGGCGGGAGCGCAACAACAUCGCUGUGCGCAAGAGCCGCGACAAGGCCAAGCGCCGUAACCAGGAGAUGCAGCAGAAGCUGGUGGAGCUGUCGGCCGAGAACGAGAAGCUGCACCAGCGCGUGGAGCAGCUCACGAGGGACCUGGCCGGCCUCCGGCAGUUCUUCAAAGAGCUGCCCAGCCCGCCUUUCCUGCCGCCCGCCGGCGCCGACUGCCGGUAACCCGCGGCGCGGGCCUCAGAGACUCCAAACGACCGAUACCUCAGACCCCGACGGCCGGGAGAGGAGGCCGCCAGAACCGCUGCAGUUUCUUUAUUCUUUUUGGUGUUUCGAGACAGGAUUUCUUUGUGUAGCCGUGGCUGUCCUAGACUCGCUCUGUAGACCAGGACAGCCUCGAACUUGCAGCGAUCCGCCUGCCUCGGUCUCCCAAGUGCAGUUUCUUUGGGACUUGCAAGCGA